AUGUCUAGCUUAGAAGUAGCUGUCACCGGUGCCAUUGCGUCAGCCCUAGCGAAUACUGUCGUCUAUCCAUUGGACUUAUCUAAGACAAUUAUUCAAACUCAAUCGAAAUCCACAAAAGAAUCUAAAAAGUAUAGCAAUGUUGUAGACUGUAUCAUCAAAAUCAUUAGACGGAAAGGUCUUUCAAAAUUGUAUCAGGGCCUUCCGGUAACUUUACUUGGCAAUAUUGUCCAAAGCUUUUGUUAUUUUUAUUUCUACAGUCGAAUCAAGGAACAGUAUCUCAGAUGUAAGCUUAUUAAACUUAGAAUAAUUCAUAUUUCUACUAUUGAAGAACUUUUAUUGGGUAUUGUGGCUGCAUCUAUUUCACAGUUUUUUGUAACUCCAAUAAAUGUUGUUUCUACGAAGCAACAAACGAUCGAAGAACCCAAUGAAGCAAAAUUUAACAGUGUGCUUCAAUCAUUGUUGAAAAAAGACAGAAAGCAACUAUGGAAAGGACUUAAAGUCUCGUUAUUAUUGACUAUAAAUCCUUCUAUUACUUAUACAGCCUAUCAAAAAUUAAAGACAUUUUUCUAUCCUAAGCAGAGUAAUAAUCUUCUGCAGCCAGGCCAGAAUUUCUUGCUCGGUGUAUUAGCAAAAGCUAUUUCAACAGUAUUGACUCAACCACUGAUAGUCACCAAGGCUACAUUACAAGGUAAUACAGAAGUAGUAUUGGAAAAUAUUCCCCAAGUUUUAGUGAAUCUUUAUCGUACAGAAGGUGUUGUGGGAUUUUGGAAGGGGUUAUUGCCUCAAUUGAUAAAAGGUAUUCUUGUGCAAGGUUUACUAUUUAGUUUCAAAGAUGAAUUGUCGAAGUUAGUAAGACGAUUAAUAUUUGUUUAUAAAUAUUACUACUAUUAA